AUGGAAAUUUCCUGGCCGUGGCGCUUUGUCACUCCCUCUGAAGAGGAAAAGCUUCUACGUCGGGAGCUCCUUGACCUAAGGGGUUCCUACGCCCAAUGGUCGAUCAUCGCGGUGAUCAUCGUGCUUCGCGUCUAUCAAGGCUGGGCUAAGUCCGUUACUGCCACUGAGCUUAGCUCCAAACAGCGCCGGGGGCCUACUUCAUGGUGGGAUCGACCGAUCGCUGCUGGAUGGCUUGAGACUCGUCGGCAGUAUGCUCUCUGCGGGCUGUGGCUCUUAUGGCUGUUCAGUCUUUCUGUCUGGAACAGUGGCGAAGACUAUAUGCAUCUUACAAAGGCCUUGGGCCACGUUGCACUCUCACAAAUCCCUCUUCAAGUCCUGAUGUCUCCAGCAGCAUAUAUAUCAACUUCAAAGCCAGCAGCCUCUUCAAUCUUUUCAUUCGUGACUUCUAUCCCACAAGCAACAGUGACACCCUAUCACCGUCUUUUCGGACGGAUGGUCAUCUCGCCUCUACUCGUGGGCCACGCCACGCUCUACUUGUCGUUCUUCAUCGAAACAAACCACCCAGAAUUUGGCUCGCUGUUGAACAAGCGAGUGCGUGAUCUCGAUGUGCAAUGCGGUCUCUUUGCGAUAAGCAUGGUGAUCUCUCUUAUCUUCUACGUGCGGCCUCGCGGUGCAGCAUUGAAGACCGGAACUCAAGGACGGAGUGCUGCGGGCUCGAUGCAAGAGCGGAGACGUUCUUUCUAUUAUGGCCACAUCUCUUUAGUAGCAUUGUUGUGCUUUGCGGCGUAUUAUCAUGUCCUACAGGCGCAGAAGUAUAUGGUUCAGGCACUUGGCGCUUUUCUGGUUAAUGGAGUGUUUUCGUGGGUGGUUGUUCGAUGGGGAGAGCGCAGAUAG